AAAACUGAAUACAAACCGGUUUAACGAACCGGUUCCGAUGGAUAAUCUACUGUGCGAGGAGUCAUGGCUGUCGGGUCCUUCGACUCCGGGGCCUUUACCAAACUUCCGCUUGAAUAUUCGCGAUGAUCACGUGGAAAUGUCUCCAGCCCUGGAUGCAGCAACGGUAGAGGAAGCUAUUUCUAUGGAUUUGGAGAAAGAAUUGCGUUUCAGUAAUCACGGAGACAAGUUUAUUGAGUUUCUUGUUUCUAAGAGGUUAACCGAUGCUAGGUUUCAAACAUUUCAAUGGCUCAUUCAGACACGGAAUCGUUUGAAUCUAUCAUUUGAAACGAUUUUCUCCGCCGCAAGUUGUUUUGACCGGUUCGUCUAUGCGACUAGCUGCAAUGAAUGGAGUAAGUGGAUGGUAGAGUUAGUUGCAGUAACCUCAUUGUCGAUCGCAUCAAAAUUUAACGAAGUGUCUUCCCCUUCACUUGAAGACUUUCAGAUGGAAGGGCUAAAUCAUAUGUUUCACCACAAGACCGUUCUUGAGAUGGAACUCAUUGUAUUGAAGGCUCUAGAAUGGCGUGUUAACUCGGUCACGAGUUUCUCUUUUUCGCAAAUUCUUGUCACUAAAAUCCGGAUGGGAGGAGGAGACAGAUUGAGGAAUCGAAUCGCAGAUCAUUUGCUAGAUGAUUUAUGCGAUUUGAAGGUGCUUGCAUACACACCAAGUGUUGUGGCGGUUGCGGCUGUGUUGAAUGUGUUAGAAGAGAAAGCAGUUCGAGAAGAGAACCUUGGAAAAGUUAUGAAUCUCUUUGGAAAAGAACACAAGGAGAAUAUUGCAAAAUGUGUUACUGUUAUGAAAUCUCGAAACGUUCAUGAAAAGGGUUGGAGAAGAGAAGUUGGUGAUGUGAAGAGUCUAGCGAGUAUGUUGCAGAGAGGAGAGGUUAUGAACAUGAACAUUGUUUAUUACGUCGGAGAUCUCUCUGCCAUUUUUCAAAUUUUACGAUCGGACGACAAGAAGAAGAAGAGAGAGAGAGAUAAUCACGAAGACGAGCAUCGUCCUGCAAAAAGAAUGACUUUUGUUACGUCAAAUUAA